AUGUGUUGUUGGUGGCUCUUGCGAGCCACGCUCUUGCCGACGUCGCCGCCGGGAAUCGUCACCGCACCGCCGGCAUUCCCUCCCCCGUUCUCUCUGGCCACCUGUCUAACCCCCUCACGCUUUGUUCCCUCGCUGCCCAUGACGGCGAGGGCCCCGGCCGCUUCGUUCAACGAGGGGGAGAGAGGCUUGUGGGUUGGUUGA